UUUUUUCUUUAAAAGGAAGAAUGUAAACACUUUUCCUCACAAAGUAAAAUCCAAUUUCGUGUUCAUACUCGAUGCCGUACGUUUCAGUUUUGCACCUACAGCUAUCCCUACCAAGAGUACUAUCCGAAGAAGAAUCGUUUUGAGCAAAAGAAGAGAUGUCGGAAAACAAUUCAGUUCGAUUACAGAAUGGUGUUUAGAAGCCGUCGGUAAAUAUUCCCGACUGCAAAUACGGGGCAGUUCCGCUCGCAUGGACAGUAUUUGUUCUUAUGUAAAUUGCUAAGACUCAAACACGGGUGUCUGUUACUUUUAAGAGAAUUGCUUUUAUGCACGCGCUGCUGUGAUUGGACGGACGGCGUAUUCGUGCUAGAAGGUCAUUCAAACGUUCCGGCUGAUUAAUAUAUGUGAGAAUACCAGAGUGACCUCAAAGCCUCUCAUGAAAUCCCUGCUUCACUGCGCAUCUGCAUAAAUCCUGUAACACCUGAGCACUCAACACAGACGGAUUCACUCCAAGCAUUCCUUCAGAGUUUCUUGGAUUCCACUGGCAUCUGGGACCAUGAAGCGAACAUUUUCUUUUGUAUUCCUGCUUGUCAAUUUUCUAUUGGUGGUGAAUUGGCAAGGUGUUCAAGCACAACUUGUAGAUGAUUGUGGUGGACUUCUUAAAGAGAGGAGCGGCACAAUAGAGACACCAAACUACCCAAACAACUACCCUGUGGAUAAAGUCUGCGCGUGGGUGAUAGAAACGCAAUCGGGCGAUAAAGUUGUACUUACCUUUGAAACGUUUGCUCUUGAAGACAAUUCUGUUUGCCAGUAUGAUUAUGUCCUUAUACGGGACGGUUCGUCGGCUAGAAGCCCGAUGGUUGGAAAGUUUUGCGGCACUAGCAGGCCAGCCACUAUUACUUCCACGGGUAAUUUUCUGUGGAUUGGUUUCCGAUCAGAUUCUUCUACUACAAAGAUGGGGUUUAAGGCAAGCUGGAAAACAGAAAAGUCUGCCUCCACCACAGCGGCAACUACAAAGACGUUACCUCCGCCUGUUGUGCCAGAAGGGUGUGGUGGCCACAUGACUGGUGACGGUGAGAAUUUUACGUCACCGAAUUAUCCCAAAUCUUACCCCGUCGACAGCGAGUGUAUUUGGACUAUAGUUACAACUCCUGAGGACACUAUUGAACUGAAAUUUCACGAUUUCCAUUUAGAAAAUACUGGUACUUGUCGGUUUGACUUUGUAGAAAUCCGACAAGGCGGCACUCGCUAUUCACCACUCAUUGGCAAAUUUUGUGCGAGUACAAUCAUUUCACCCAUCAACUCAACCGGAAACUCACUCUUCAUUAGGCUCGUGUCUGAUGGAACAGUCAGUGAAAAAGGUUUUCGAGCUACGUGGAGAAGGAUUUCGCACAAAACUCCCACAACCCCAACUAUCCGAGUUUCCACCACACCAACACUGGCGAAAGAGUGUGGAGGUGUCUUAAAUGAAGAAAAUGGGGAAAUUACUAGCCCAGGCUACCCAAACCCGUAUCCAUUAAACAAGCAAUGUACCUGGGUCAUUUUGGCAAAAGAGGGCAAAGCAAUUGAAUUAACGUUCCGAGCAUUUGAACUGGAGAGGCACUCUAACUGCCGUUAUGACUACUUGGAAGUGCAUGACGGCGAUGGACCACAAAUGCCUUUGCUUGGGAAAUUCUGUGGUAACGUGGUUCCUGCUCCCGUCAAAUCUUCGCAAAACGCCAUAUACAUAAAGUUUUACUCUGAUGGACUUACUCCCAAGCGCGGAUUUACACUUAAAUGGCAGACCUUUGAACGGCAAUCCCCGCCACCUGGGCCUCCUCCCUCGCCCGAUGGAAACAAAGCUUGCGGCGGCACAUUUACCACGAUGUCUGGUGUUAUGCAGAGCUCUCUCUAUCCGGAGAACUAUCCCGUAGACGUGCUAUGUCAGUGGGUUAUCCAACUACCACCACAGUACAGAAUACGCCUGGAGUUCAUGGACUUUCAAUUGGAAGCGAGCAGAAGCUGUCAAUAUGAUUUCGUGCUAGUAAUGGACGGUUCACCUUCCUCGCCAACCGCUCUAGGGAAAUUUUGUGGAAACUCAAGUAAGAACGUUGUGGACUCUAGGACCAAUGUAAUGACUGUUCUGUUUAAGUCGGAUGAGACAAAGACCAAGAAAGGAUUUCAAGCUUACUGGUAUGCUCAGCCGGCCAUCAUUAACAUUACACCUUCUCCUAUAACACCGACAAAAGUUCCAUCGAACGAAAUUAACGGAACUGAUUGCGGAGGAAAACGCAUGCGUCCAAGUGGUGAUAUCUUCUCACCCUCUUACUCCAUUUCUUCGUCCGUACCAGCUGACUGCGUGUGGAUUUUGUCAGUGUACGAUGGAGACAAAAUUGCGAUCGGUUUCAACGAGUUUGAUUUAGCCGUCGCUGUAGACUGCGCUUCUGAGUAUGUGGAAUUGAGGGAUGGGGAAUCGGACGACUCUCCUCUGCUGGGACGGUACUGCGAAUCUGCACCGAUGGUGGUACUCGGUUCUACGAACAAGAUGUGGAUGCGCUAUUAUUCGGUUGGGACGGGAAGGAAAGGUUUUGAAGCUACCUGGACUACAAUGAAGCAGACAACGCAGGUGGAAAAACCUAACAGUCCAGAAGUGGGCGAUGUGAAGAAAACGGAAUCUCUUCCUUAUCCACCAAAAAAAUGCGUGGAGGCCCUUGGUAUUGAGAAUGGUGGAGUCAAAGAUGGCCAGCUGACGGCCUCUUCUGUGUGGAUGGGUGUGAACACAUUUGGUCCUCAGCAAGCCAGACUUCACAACCAAAAAUGGCCACAAGGCUGGAGUGCUGACCUAACUGAUAAACAACCAUGGCUUAAAGUGUCGUUGCAGUCGGACUAUGUGAUUACUGGCAUCGCCACGCAAGGUUAUGGUAAUCCAGUCUUCCGUGAAUGGGUUGAAAGCUAUUACUUAGUCUGGCUGGACACUAAGGCUGGUGAAGUCUUUUAUCGUGAGGAUGGCAAAGUCAAGGUUUUAGAUGGUAACAGUGAUCACGAUACCGUUGUCCGUCAUGUGCUAAAGGAGCCCUUUAUAACUAAAGAAGUAACUGUCCGGCCCAGAAUGUGGAAGGGCAGCGUUGGCCUUCGAAUGGAGUUAUACGGAUGUAAACUUGAUGAUUGUCAAGAACCACUUGGACUAGGAAACCGAAACAUUAAAGAUGAACAACUGACAGCAUCUUCUGCUUGGGGCGAUAAUCCAGAAAAGUUCGGUGCUCACAGGGGCCGGCUCAAUUUAGAUCGCUGGCCUCAAGGUUGGACAGCCAGUGUAGAAGACACUUCUCCGUGGUUUCAAGUGAAUCUGAACGACCCUAUUAUUGUAACGAGAGUAGCUACGCAAGGAUACGGAGGGCCUGCGGGAAUUGGUCAAUGGGUAGAGAAGUACCGAUUGUCUUGGGAAAAUGAAGAGGGUACUUGGCGCAAUUACUCCCAUCCUCAUCGUGUAAGCAGUUCAGCUGUCCACUGGAAGAACAAGGUAUUUCAUGGAAAUAAAGACAAGACGACAGUGGUGUCACACACUUUGCAGAAUGUCUUAAAGUCAAGCAAAAUCCGUUUCUGGCCCCUGAUCAACCAUAACUUUGUUUCCAUGCGGACGGAACUGUAUGGCUGUAUGGGAGAAUCUUCAAAAACCGUAACUGAAUGCACUACAAUUGGUCAUCGCAUGACUGGUGAAUCAAAUCCACCCAGCAAAAAGGAUUGCCAAUGGCAUGUCACUUCAUCCAAAGAGGACGGCACGGUAACACUCAAGUUCACAGCUUUUGACUUCUCAAAAAGCGAUCCUUUCUGUAGCAAAGACUACAUUGAAGUCAGGAACGGCCUUACUAAACAUGCUCCCGUAAUAGGAAAAUACUGUGGAGGCAAGAUGCCUGCUCCAGUGCAAUCUUCGGGAAAUGGUCUCUGGGUUCGUUAUGUGGUGUCUGGUGAGAUCAAAACUAGGAUUGGCAUGACUUACCAUGAUGGUCCUAAAGCCCCUGUACAAAGAGAGAAAGGAUGUGGAAUUCGAAAACAUUCAACUCCACCCAGCCAAACGGACGGACGUACGCCCAAACAAUGGCCUGGACAAUGGCCCUGGCAAGUAGCCCUACUUCUUAUGGGACAGUCUGUUCAACAGUGUGGUGGGGCUCUUAUUGCUCCUCGGUGGGUCCUCACAGCAGCUCACUGUUUUAAAAGGUUCAAGCAGCCUCUUCAAUGGGUCAUACGUGCCGGAGAGUUUGAUCUCACCCUAGAGGAAAAUUCCGAGCAAAACAUACGAGCUGAAGCAAUAUAUGUUCAUUCUUCAUACAUAUCUGCUACAAACGAGAAUGAUAUUGCCUUGGUGUACCUCGAAAAGCCGGCGCAGGUGAACGACACAGUUGACAUAAUUUGCCUUCCCGAUGAAGGAGACGUUCAGCCUGGAAGCUCUUGUGCUUCUGCAGGGUGGGGUUUUACACCAAAUCUGCAUCAUACUUCUGCGCCACUAAGAUCACAGGUGGUGCCCGUUGUAUCUCGCCAGGAAUGUAAUAGAUUCAGUUCCUACGGCGGUCUGGUAAAAGAAGGAAUGAUUUGCGCAGGGUUUGCGAAAGGCGGCGAAGAUAGCUGUUACGGAGAUGGUGGAAGUCCUCUCAUGUGCCAAAUCUCGCAAGGAAAGUGGGUUGUUGGCGGGAUUAAUAGCUGGGGGCAAGGUUGCGGACUCCCUGGCAAGUAUAGUGUGUACACAUUCACGGAGAAGUACCGAGACUGGAUUAAUCGACACUUGCAAGCAAACUGAUCGUCGGUUGUGGAAAUGGGCGCUGAAGCAAUAGUUUAUUCAACUCUGCCAUGGGUAUUUAAAUAGUCCAACGUGAAACUUAUAGCUGGCCCCGGUUGACUUGCCGUUUCGUUUGGCACAUGCUAGGAGCUGCUCAUCUUGCUCAGUUUCCCAGCUUGGACACCUCAGCUGGGAAACCUCGACGUUGCACUUGUGUUGGUCGAUCAUUCUUGACACAUUGUAAAAGGAAAUGUUAAAGUUACCUUAAGUUUAUUACAACCAAACCAGACAUUUAGUGUUUUUUGAUGUGCGAAUAGACAAUAGGCUGCAUAGCCCGAGUCCAUAACAAUAAUAGCUGGAGCUGCUUGUCUUACCUUGUUGCGUUUCUACCGGUCAAGGGAUCUUUGAUUUUUCUAACCUAACUAAUUGGUAUCAUAUCAAAUGUCGGUCCUAAUAGAAACAAAAAUCAAAUAGGUCUUCUUUCGUUUGUGUGCUGAUGUUACUGAUCAAAUGCUAAUCAAGGUCUAUAGCCACUUUAAAUCGUGUAUUUAUCUGCUGGUACUAACAUAAACGUAGUCUCGCGCUGAUAAGAUAGUUGACGUGCUUCCGGUGAUGUUAUGAAUAAGGCGCCUUCAAGCCCAUUUCAAGUCUGGUCGUUCACCGUAACAGGUAGUUAUAGCGGAUAAAAAUUCUCUUUGCUGGCAAACACUUCUCUUUGUGUGGAAUAUGUGGUUUCCUGAAUGGCUGUUUCCCCGUCUACCCUACACCAUGGUUUAUUCCCACACACCAUGUUUUAUUCCCAUACUGAAGGCGUGAAUGGGAUGUAUCGGGUUUUCUAUAAUAAUGCUGCCGGAUUGCUCGUGUUUACAACCCAAACCUUAACGUGAUCGAAAAGGAACGAUUGUCGUCAACAUUGGAAUCUAUUCGUGAUAUAACAUUCACCUGAAGGAUCCUGAAGAGGCAGAUUCAAGAGUCUUAUUUUGUUGCCAAGACUGCACGGUUAUCUCCUUAGUGAAUUUUGACUGUUUUUGUUACAGUGAAGGGUAGAUUUCUUUUAACGGCCAAUACAAUCUUCUACAAGUUUUUUCAAGCUAUCAAUAAUAGACAUUGUUUUGAGGCGGACUUAACUGAACACGAAUAUUUAGCGUGCCAACUGGCGAAGAUAAAUGUACACCAUAUUAUAGGAAUAGAAAUAUGUUCUUACUAUAAUACCUGCAACGGGUAUUGGUUUAGUGGAGGAUUGGUUAUUUCUUUAUCACAGUGAAGCAAAUUAUUCAGUGCUCUCGCCGUGAACAUUUAAAAAUAGUGCUACUGCAAUAAACUGCGACCGGUAUGAGUCUGAGAUUGUAGGUGUUGCAACGUCAAUAAAAUAUAUUAAUCGUU